AUGACACAAGUCUACACAUCCCCCUUCCCACCCCUCUCAAUCCCCAAAACCAACCUCCUCACCUACCUCUAUCCCCCAAACACAACGGCCUCCUCAACCCCACUCUGGAUCGACGCCAGCGACCCCACCAAAUGCCUCUCCCCGCGACAAGCCCUCUCCUGGGUCCGCCGUCUAGCCGCAGGCCUCGAUGCCCUCAAUAUCCCCAAAGCAUCCGUCGUCCUCAUAUUCACCCCCAACCACAUCUUCGUCCCUGUCGCGUACCAGGCGAUCGUGGGCUCGGGCCGGAUUUUCUGCGGUGCGAACCCGGCGUAUACGCAGUUCGAGAUCGAGCAUCAGCUCCGCGAUACGGGGGCGGGCGUUGUUCUCGUUCACCCGAGUCUGGUCUCCACGGCUGUGAAAGCCGGUAAGAGCGUCGGUCUCGCCCGCGACCGCAUCUUUCUCUUCUCAGACGACGCAACAGACCAGCAUUGCGCGGCCUACCCCUCCAUCCUCGACUGGAAGCGCAUGAUCGGGUCCGAGGCCGAGGGCGCCGCGUGGAAAUGGGAUGAUAUGGCUACUGGCGACACGGCGGUCUCGACCAUCGCGACGGUGAAUUAUUCGUCGGGGACGACGGGGAUGCCCAAGGGCGUGUGCUGCUCGCACUACAACCUGGUCGCCAACGCCGAGCAGACGAUUUUCAUGCGCGACCAGGGGACGCCUCAUGCGGCGGUUCCGGCGUCCAGGCCGCAGGAGAGGUGGGUUGGGUUUUUGCCGCUUUAUCAUGCUUAUGGCCAACUAUACGCCUGCAUCAUGUCCCCCAAACUCUCCAUCCCCGUCUACAUCAUGCAGAAAUUCGUCUUCACCGACUUCCUAUCCACAAUCCAAUCAUACCGGAUUACGCACCUCCAAGUCGCACCGCCCAUCCUCAUCAUGCUCGACAAGCGGCCUGAAACAUCGCGCUACGACCUGCGCAGCGUCAGGAAUAUCCUCUGCGGCGCGGCCCCGCUCUCACGGGACCUCCAGAAUCGAAUCCAGGCGCGGUUCAAGGGGACGAAUGUCGUGCAGGGGUGGGGGAUGACGGAGGUCACUUGUGGUGCGAUGCAUGUGCCGGGGGGCCACUAUGAUGAAUCGGGGAGUGUGGGGAUGCUCGAUCCGAACUGCGAGGCUCGACUCCUCGAUGAGGAGGGGAGACCCGUUAAUCCGGGGGAGGCGGGGGAGCUGUACAUCCGGGGACCGAACAUCUGUCUGGGAUACUGGAAGAACGAGACGGCCACAAAAGACAGUUUCGACGCCAACGGCUGGCUAAAAACAGGCGACGUCAUGCGCGUCGAGGGCGACCGGUUCUGGGUCGUGGAUCGGAAGAAGGAGCUGAUCAAGGUGAAUGCUUUGCAGGUUUCGCCGGCGGAGCUGGAGGCUGUGCUUUUGGGGCAUGAGGGUGUUGCGGAUGUCGGUGUUGUGGGCGUUUUGGGCGUUGAUGGGCAGGAGAGGCCGAGGGCGUAUGUGCAGGUGAGGGAGGGGGCUAGGGGGAGGUUGGAUGAAGCGGAUGUGCAGAAUUAUAUGAAGGAGAGGGUCGCGAAGCAUAAGCUGUUGACUGGGGGUGUGAUGUUUGUAGAGGAGGUGCCCCGGCUGGCGAGUGGGAAGCUGCAUCGCAAGGUGCUCAAGGAGUGGGCAAAGAGGGAUGCAGCGGAUUUGCGGGCCAAGUUGUGA